ACCAAAACUUUGAACCUCCCCGAGUCCCUCCUUUUUUAAGGCGGUGCCGGUUUAUCUUCAUUCAACGACCCUCUUUGUAUUUUAUCAUUUUCGUUAUUUUAAUUUUGUUCUUUUUAAUUUCCAGAGAGAGAGAGAGAGAGGGAAGUUUUCGAAGUUUGACGUUGGAAUGGUCGAAUGAACCAGCUGAAUCCUAGGCCGUCUUCCUAGUUUCCUCUGCUACUCUCGACCAAACGAUCCUUAAAACACAAAAACAAUGUCCCAUUCUCAUCGAUCAUCAUCGGAAAAUCCAAAAUCCAAAACCAAAGAGAGCAAGACUUUCGGCUCAUCAUCGGAGAAAAAGAUCAAGAAAAUGGGCGACGGGAAUAACACCAACAACUACAAGAUGUUCAAGUUCUUCAACCGCAAGUUCAAGAUCAGCGAGUUGAAGCCACCUCCCGACGUCAAGGACAUCUUCUCCAAGUUCGCCGCCGGCGGGGAACUCAUAUCCCCCGAUCAGUUCCAUACGUUCUUGAUCGAACACCAGGCCGAGAAAUCCGUUUCUUUGGCCGAUGCCAAGCGCAUCCUACAUGAGUUCUCCCUCCGACGACAGCAUCUUACGGACCCGAAACACAAGAAAGACAAGAAACAGUCCAAAGAGAACAAAACUGCCGCGCCGGCCCACCAAACUCAUGAGCACGGCCUCACUUUGGACGAAUUCUUCAAUUUCCUAUUCGAGGAAGAAUUCAACGGCCCCAUCAAACGAGAGGUACACCAUGAUAUGACUGCUCCGUUGUCGCAUUAUUUCAUAUAUACAGGGCACAAUUCGUACCUUACUGGGAAUCAACUCAGCAGUGACUGUAGUGAUGUGCCAAUCAUUAAGGCUUUGGAGAGAGGGGUCAAAGUAAUUGAGCUUGAUUUAUGGCCAACGUCUUCGAAACAGGAUGUUCAAGUUUAUCAUGGAAGGACCUUGACGGCUCCUGUGACACUCGUCAAAUGCUUGAAAUCCAUUAAAGAACAUGCUUUUGAUAAAUCUCCAUACCCUGUUGUUAUUACUUUUGAAGACCACCUUACGACCAAGCUUCGGUGUAUUGUUGCAGAGAUGGUUACCCAAAUAUUUGGAGAUAUGUUGUAUUAUCCAAAGCCAGAAGACCCGAUGACAGAAUUUCCUUCACCUGAAGCUUUAAAAUAUCGGAUUAUUAUCUCAACCAAGCCACCAAAAGUAGGUGAAGGUAAUGACAAGGAUUCAUCUGAAGAAUCAGAAAAGAGUGACUGCAGUGAUAAAGAAACUGAGAGCAAAACUGCAGUUGACAUCAAACCCAUCCAGUCAGAAGCACCUGAGUAUGCGGAACUUAUAACAAUCCAUGCUGGAAAACCACAGGGUGGUUUGAAAGAGGCUCUAGAGGUUGGUGAAAAAGUAAGACGUCUUAGUUUGAGUGAACAAAAACUAGAAAAGGCUGCUGAAGAUCAUGGAGCUGAUAUUGUUAGGUUCACACAGAGGAACAUUCUAAGGAUCUACCCCAAGGGAACACGAGUUACCUCCUCGAAUUACAAACCGCAUGUUGGGUGGAUGCAUGGAGCUCAAAUGGUUGCGUUUAAUAUGCAGGGACGUGACAAAUUACUAUGGUUGAUGCAUGGGAUGUUUAGAGCCAAUGGAGGGUGCGGUUACGUGAAAAAGCCUGGCUUUUUGAUGCAUAAGGGCCCAAAUAAUGAGGUUUUUGAUCCUAGAAGGCACUUGAUGGUGACAAAGACAUUGAAGGUGAAAGUAUACGUUGGGAACGGAUGGCACUUGGAUUUUAGUCAAACACACUUCGAUUCGUUCUCCCCACCAGACUUCUACACAAAAGUUUAUAUUGUUGGCGUGCCUUCAGAUUGUGCCAAGUACAAAACAGAAAUAAAAAACGACGAAUGGAUACCUGUUUGGGAUGAAGAGUUUACUUUCGGUAUGACCGUUCCAGAGCUCGCUAUACUUCGGAUUGAAGUUCGAGAGUAUGACAGGUCUGAUAAAGAUGACUUUGGUGGCCAGACGUGUUUGCCGGUCUCGGAGCUAAGAACCGGGUUCCGGUCAGUCGCACUUUACGAUCAUAAGGGUGAGAAAUACACAUCUGUAAGGCUCCUAAUGCGGUUUCAAUUUGAGUCAAAUCUCGCACCUGCCUAGUCUAUACUCCAUAGCAAUCAUCCUUAUCCAUCAUGGUGUCUGUCUUUUGAGGCCUUUGUCAUGGUUUCAAUAGCAUACACAGGUACUCGAUCUGUAAUUGGUGAGAAAGUUGAUUAUGCUCUUGGGAUUACUUUGGAUUGAAGCCAUGACAUUGACUUAGAAAACUGCUAGUGGACAGUGGGGUUUUCCUAAUUUUACAAAUCAAUGAUGAGUUUAUCUCUAA